AUGAACAACCAGAAUUUUAAUUUAACUGAACAAAAGCAAAUAAACGGAGAUAAAGAUUACUUUUACAAAGACUUGUCCUUAAAGAGACAAAGAUGUGAAAGUAAAGAUUCGUCUUCAGAAGAAGACCAAUCGAUGAAGACAACAUUCACUGGAUUUUCAGAGUGUUCUAUGGAGCAAGGAGAGACCGAGACAAAAAUCAAUCAACCUACUAUUCAUAAUGAUGCUGUGUCGGUAGCAAUGCAAAUGACACACGAACCCGAUAUAUCUACUGUUCCUGAUUUAUCGCAGGUUCUUGUGAUAUAUACGGGUGGUACUAUCGGCAUGAAAAAUACUUAUCUUAAUGGAUAUAUUCCUGCGCCAAAUUAUUUUACAAAUACUUUGGCGGAAAUGUCCCGAUUUCAUGAUCAGGAAUACUUUGAUAAGACCCUGAAACAGUAUGAUCUGAACAAUGAGGAUGAAGAGUCUCAGUAUACUACCAAAAUUUUUAUUAAAGAUUAUUGGGGUAUUGAAGAGUCAGGAAUAUUAAGUAUUUCGAGUAGAAUUUUAGUGACUCCACCUUCUUUUCAAGGAAAGAGGAUAAAAUAUUCCAUAGUUGAAUAUGAACCAUUAUUGGAUUCAUGUAAUAUGAUAAGUGAUGACUGGGUUAGAAUUGCUACUGACAUUGAGCUAAACUAUCAAUCAUUUGAUGCUUUUAUAAUUUUACACGGAACUGAUACUAUGGCUUAUACUGCUAGUGCACUUAGUUUUCUGUUGGAGAAUUUGGGAAAGACUGUAAUUUUAACUGGUUCUCAGGUUCCGAUAUCUGAAGUUCGAAAUGAUGCCGUCGAGAAUUUACUCGGUGCGCUUACGAUUGCCGGUCAUUACGUAAUUCCCGAGGUUUGUUUAUUCUUCAACAACAAACUAUUUCGUGGCAACAGAGCCGUCAAAAUGAACGCUGUAGAAUUUAAUGCAUUUGACUCGCCAAAUUUGUCUCCAUUGGCUACAGUUGGAAUAAAUAUUCAUGUAAAUUGGGGUGAAAUUGUUCGUCCUUCGGCAAUUUCAAAAUUUCUUGUACACAAGAAUUUAAAUCGAAAUGUAAGCAAUCUACGAUUAUUCCCGGGUAUAACAGAGUCCACCGUACGUGCCCUAUUAGCCCCACCAAUUGAAGGUGUAAUAUUGGAAACCUACGGUGCUGGAAAUGCGCCAGAUACUCGGGACGAUAUUAUGCGUACUUUGAAUGAAGCCGCAGCCCGAGGCAUUGUGAUUGUUAAUUGUACGCAAUGCAAAAAGGGAACUGUAACCGAUAUUUAUGCUACUGGCAAAGCGUUGGCUAAAGUUGGUGUUGUGCCGGGUAAUGAUAUGACUCCUGAGUGUGCUCUUGUGAAACUCUCAUACUUACUUGGUUAUCGGAAUGAGUUAGGCGAAAAAUAUUCUCCAGACGCUGUUAGAGUGUUGAUGACUAAAAAUAUGAGGGGUGAACUUACGGUUUUGGCGCCAAAACCACGAUAUACAUUUCAUAAUCGAACUCAUAAAAUUAUUCAAAAUAUGAUAGCUGCUGCUGUGGAUUCUAGACAAGGCUCGCUAGAUUCCGCGUUAAUGAUAAACGUUCAAGAAAAAGUCUUAUUAGAAAAAUCUUUAUAUCCAAUUCUGUUAUGUUCAGCAGCUGGAACAGACGAUUUAGAAGGAUUACAACUACUGUGGGAUAGUUAUGACGGAUUGGUUUUAAAUUGCAUCGAUUACGAUGGUAGAACUCCAUUGCACAUCGCAUGUACUGGAGGCUAUCAUAAAAUUGUAAGGUUCCUAUUAGAACACGGCGCAUCUGUCCAUAUGCGUGAUAGAUUUGGACAUACUCCGUUAUAUGAAGCUGCAAGGAAUAAACGUCGAGAUGUGAUUAAUAUAUUGAGGGAGGCUGGUGCGCAUUUUAACGAAUCCGAACUUGACGAUGUGAUGUUCCAAGUUUUAUCAGCUGCUGCAAAAGGUGAUCAAGAACUAUUGAACCAUUUUGUAGAUGCUGGUAUGGAUAUAAAUAAAACUGGAUUUGAUCAUAGAACUGCAUUACAUCAUGCUGUUGCUGAAGGUCGUGUUAGUACCGUGCAAUAUUUAUUGUCAUUACCGCAGAUUAAGGUCGAAACUAAGGACAGGUGGGGUAGGAAACCUAUUGAUGAUGCAGAAACAAAUUUAGGACGUAUGUGGGGGCGAGAUGGUAAUAGAAUGAAAGAAUUAGAAGAGAUUUAUAUUUUAAUAUUGUAUAAUGCAGAAGGUUUUGAAAGAUACUAA